AUGUCUGUAGUUGUCCGUGGUCGUUAUAAAUUCUCAAACGCUACAGUGUUUUUUGAAGUGUGUGAUAUUUAGCUGUAGUUAACUGUGGUGUACGAAUUUUAUCAUUCGUUCUUAAUUGUUGUUGAUUGUGCUAGAACGUUUGAGUAGUUAUAUAUUACCGUUUGUUAUUUCAUAAUUAGCAAUACUGGCGUCUAACGCAGUAAUUGCCCUUCCGUUUUACGAAAGUUGGAACAUAAUGGAGGUUGAUAAUUAUCAAGAAUCUGCUGAACCGGACAGUACCCAGCCUCAUAUAGAGGAGUCGACUUCAAGCAUUUCUGAGAAACCUCCUAAAGAUAAGCUUAUUUCAAUGUUGGAUAGAGUUGAGAAACUAGUGGAGCGAAUGAGGCGCGAUGCCUUAAGAAUGGAAGAAGAAAAAGACAUUCUGUUAACAACGUUGGACACAGUUAAGAAUUCUGAGGUUAUCGUCGAACUUCAUGAAAGUGAGCAGGAAGAGGUGUUCCACUACGCGGAGCACAUCUCGAACCGCUGCCUCACGGUGGAGGUGCACGUGAGGACGACGCGCGACCGCAUGCAAGAGGACGCCCUGUACAAGGUGAACGGCCUGAUCGACGCGCUGGUGGUGGGGCUGCGCGGAGACCCGGCCGGCGCCAAGGCCCGCUGCCUGUCCUUCAUGAACUCCUGCUCGUCCCAGCCGCAGGGCCCCGCCGACAAGAGCUUCGAGACGGCCGUCCUGGGCUGCACCCUGGACGACCAGAAGCGGGUCAAGAAGCGCCUCCAGGGCCUGCUGGAGUACAUCGACUGCACCACCAAGUUCGCUUAGUCGCUCCGCCCUGUUUCCGCGGAGUAAUUUCUUCACUGUUUAAUGCAGUCACAAAGGUGGAUGAAUUUAAUUCGCGUGUGUUGUAGCCGACUUGAAUUGUGAAAAAGUAACAAACAAUCUCAAGGUCGUGGUAAGCUUCUUGUGUACACAGUUCAAUCUUGCUACUCACAGUUAUGGGAAAAUGGUUUUUUGUCAUUGGUAAUCCUUAUUUGAGAAGAACAUUACACAUUAUAGUAACUAAAACUAUUUUUUUUUAAUAAUUGGGGUCUGCAGCUUUGAAAAUAUAUUUAACUUGUUUUUAAACUUUUUUCUUGUGAUCAAAAAUUGUGUUUUAAUAAACCAUAAUAUCCCUAAAUAAAUAUCCAAGUUAUAUAUAAUUUAAAUAAUUUUCCUAGUAAAAGUUUUACCAUUACAAAUUAGAUGUGUUGUGUGAUAGUUGAGUUUAGUCCUCUUUUAGUUUUUAAUAAUCAUGUAUGCAUGUACAGUAAACAUAUUACUUAAAUUUUUGUGUAGACAUUCAAAGCAUUUCUUUCGUUAUUUUGUGGAAUCAUUCUGUUUUAAUGAAUAGAAUGUCAAGUCACUUUCAUAAUAGAAAACAUAUUUCUUAAAUGCCAUCACUCACUUGACCACAAAAUUACUGAUGUAUUCUAGACCAUUGAAAAAAGAUCCAAAGCAGCCUUACAUGACGAAAAUUGCCAUAGAUAUCAUAUGACAUGAUCUCAGUGUUUCUUGAAACACCUGUCACUUUUUUGUGCCCGUUAUAUUUGGUCAAGUGCAUCCAAAAGUUUCUUUAAGGCAGAUUUUUUACUGUGCUAUCUAUUAGCAUAGAGUUUACAUUAAAUUGUAUGCAUCAGUAGCACUUUCAGGUAGAUAAAUAUAUUUCGUCAGUAGCUGCUCAUUGUAAACCCUUUUAUUAAUUACCAUACGAUGCAAACGAAAAGGAUUUUCCACAAGUAAAACAAUGGAAAAGUUAAACUAAAACUGGCUGCUGUUAUUUUUUUUUACCAGCUGAAAUGCCUUUUACAUUACUGUGUAAGUACCUAAUAUUAAUGUUAAUGUAUGUGUUAUAUUUUGUAUCGAUAUAGGUUGUUAAUUGUCCCAAGUGGACAUUUUGUGUUUAACUAUAGUGGUGGAGGGGAUUGAAAUAGUUAUUAUUCAAAAAUGACUGUUCGUUCACAGCAUGUCUUGGUAUAUUUAAAAUAUUUGGCGAACCUAACAAGUGUAAGGAAGCUCAGAGAAUUUUGGACAAGGAAAAUAGAAUUAACCUAACAAAUUCUUAAAAAUCCAUGGGAUUUAUUUAACUAUUUAAAAUUUUCUGGGCAGAGUAAACCCGUUGUUUGAAUUUGUUUAUUGUGCAUUUCCAUGCAAGCUGGGGUCAUGUUUGAACAAUUCAUAAAGCUGUACGUUAUUCCACAUUAAUUUCGACACUUCUUUUUGUGACAAGAAAAUGUUUCAAUGUGUGCAAGAGUAGCUAAUCAACCCAUUCCUCGCGAUAAUGCAAUUUAAUCCACGAGCAAUAUUCUAUAACACUUUCUCAUUGCAAAUUAACCAACAAAAUUUGUUUUGUAUGUAGAUGAAAAACAUCCAUAUUUAUUGUGUUAUUUUCACUGACGUAUGUUAAUUUGUGCAUAUUGGUGUAGUUUAGGCAAGGGACUGUAAAUUCUCUAAGCAGUAGAGGCACUCAACUGCCACUUGGAGGAAAGGCAAAAGGCAGAGUGAACGACAAUGUACACACUUACUUCCGCCCACUUCUUUGGCAGCCAUCUACUUUCGACUUGGUUUCUAAAGUUUAAAUCAACGUUUAAUUUAUGGCGAGUUGUAGCGUGCUGGUUUAUGAAAUGGCUCUAAAAAUCAGUCAAAUUUCUGGUACUGUGCAGUAAAGGUUUGCAGAAACUAUUUGGCAUGAAAGUACAUAGUGUAAAUAUUUUGUUCAGGCUAUUAAGUUAUUCCAGUACUAUUCAGACAUCACUAAACUAUAGGUAGGAAUUAUAUGGUGACUUGCUAUAAUACAUAACACCAAAAAAGCAUGUAAAUGCAUAUAACACCAAAAAGUAUGUAUAGUUACACCAUAUAACACCAAUGUGCAAGUUGCUAUGCUAUUAAGUACUAAAAUGCAACUAAAAUGUUAUGAAAUUAAUUUGCAUUUUUAAUUAAACAACUUAAAUCACACAAACAUGUUUCAAUAUUGUUUCAAAUUAAAUGAAAUGUAGCUUGAAAUUUGUAUUGAAAUGUAGCUUUAAAUAGAUUGGGGAAAAAUUUUUUUUUAUCUUGCAACUCAUGUUUACAUCGUGACGUUGGAAAAUUCUUAAAUACACGAAUAUAUAUGCCAGUGGUUUUUUAUUCUAAAUAUACAUGCGUAUUUCAAAUUAUUAUAUUGAGAAAGUGCUUCAUUUAUCAGUCAAAAUGACACACUUAUAGAAACAAGUAUCACGCAACAUUAUUCAAAAUUGUUUAGUAACAAAAUUGGCCAAAAAAUAAAACAAUACAACCUUGUCUUUAACUUCAGUAGAUAGGCUUAUUUACAAGUGCAGUUUGUCAUGGGUUGAGCCGGUAUGUUUGGGAGAAUGUGAUAGGUAGGGUGAAUUUUGGCACUCACUUGUAGGGAAUUAGCCUUGUUUAUGUAUUUGUAAGUUUAAAGUAACUUUUUUUUUUGCUUUGGUUCAGAUUACAUAAAUAAAAUUGUGUUAAGCUGGUGGAAAACCCUGGAAAAAAAUCGAGCACUGUAAUCUUACAUUUUGAGUGGCUACCCAGUUAGUAUUUUGUAGGCAUAACAACUUGCACUAUUAAUUCUGUGAUGUGAAACACUCUUGAUUUCACCGUCCUACUUGCCUAGAGAUGUGUGGUACCAAAAUCAAACAGGUUUCAGUAGCAGCCUUUAUCAAAAUCUUACGUGUUAUCUGUGACGUAAUGUGGUAUCAGUUUGACUGGAUUUAUGUCUUUGGUUGUUAAAGUGAAAUUAUUUACUGCUGUACCACUAUACAGUGAUGUCCUAGCCUCCAAUUACAAAAGUAGUUUUUUUUUUUACCAUAAAAAUAUCACAUUGAAUUUGUAAUUAUCUGUGAAGAUAUUUCAUAUUUGGUCAAAGGGAGAAAAUAAAAUUUCUAUAUUGUGUACAAGUCUACUAUAAUCACACACUUUCUGUAUUUCAAAUGUAAAAACUAUCAUGCCACUGAAAGUUGUUAUUUGUAUUUUCAUCGUGUAUAACUUAGCUAUGCAAGUGCUGAUUUAUUACGCAGUUGUAAGCAUAUUCAUUGGUAUUUUGGUGAUAUCCGGUUAUGUGGCAUGUGAACUGUAUAUUGCGACUGAGAAAUAUCUUGCCAUGUGUUCCUAGACAAGUAUUUGUUUUUUUGGAGCAUCUUUUAAGUAACGGAGAGGUUUGAGGUUUUUAUUUCUACGACCUAUCAUACGUUCCAUAUGUAUAAAGAGUACUAGUCAGGGUGUCCAUAUUAUGGAGAGUCAGGAAAGUUGAAAUUGGUCAAGGAAAGUCAUGGAAAUUACUUUGAAACCUGGAAAAGCAGUGGAAAAUUUUCGGUGAGAGAAUAAUUUGAGGCAGAAAUGUCAUCCUGGUAUGCCAUCAGUCACCCGUACUUUGAACACUUUUUUAUUUCCAGAUGUGUUUUAGUGCAUAGUAAACUGGGAUAUGUGAGGUUCUGUUUGAACUAGUACAGCUGUAGGGAGGUGGGGGCUGGAUUGUGUUUAUUUAUUUCAGAAAAUUGCAAAAUAUAUAAAAUUAUUUUCAAAAAUUCAUUGGGGAAAGUUAUGGAAAAGUCAGGGAAAUUAUUUCUACAGAUUUGUGUGGACACCCAGAGAGUGAAAAGCUAUCUCAGUUACUUGAUGUUCUGUGCAGUUCGGUUUUGGCUUCAGUUGCUUGAAUGCUGCUCAAGUUCUUAUCAGAUGUGACCGUAUACAUUAUGAUCGACCAUUUCAUUAGCCUGCCCUGUGGUAACUUCUUACUCUGUUAGUUGUAUUUUGCGUGUUCGUUGAUGUGGAUUCUUUCAGGCUUAAAUUAAUUAGAAUUAAUUUUUUACUGCGAUCAUUCUGUGAACUGAUCACUCAGCCAUUCAGCUUUAAACUUGUACAUAGCAAAUGAUGUACAACCUUGUGAUCUAUCAUGGUGUUCUUUUUGUUGCAUACUGGGCGUGAAGGUACACACCACAUCGAUAAUAAUCAGAUGUAUGAAGUGCAGAGGAAAAAGUUAGAAUUAUAGCCAGUUUUGAAGAGAUAAUUUAUAAUGAAAAACAUUGUUAUUAUGUGUGCAUUAUUUCAGUUAGUUGCUUCAAUGUUAAGUAUGUACCUGAACUUUCGAUGGACAAAAAUUAUGUUUCCCUAGACUCCCACAUGUUGAUAUCCAUCUUCUACAUAAAAAUUAUUCCAUUUUUUUGUGUGUGUGCUUUGCAAGCGGACAUGAGCUCCAUGAAGGUCGCUAAAAUAUGUUUCGAAAAGGAGGAUCAUGUAAAUAUUUAUAACUUGGUGUCCAUGUACUGGAAAGUCAGGGAAGUUAGAAUUAGCCAGGGAAAUUACUGAAAAUUAUGGAAAAGACCUGGAAAUUCCCCAGUGUUGGUAUGAGGGGAAAAUUUCAUGCUUGUGUCCGUCCCCCAGAACUGUGAAAGCAUUUUAUUCAGGUUCUCUUUGAGAUAAAUUAAGUGGCGGGAGAACUGCAACAUCUAUAGGAAUGUGUAAAUUGUAUUAAAAAAAUAUUCAGGGAAGGCCAGGGAGAUUUUUUUGCAGAUUUGUAUGGACACUAUGGUUAAAAAUGACUGAGGAAAUUAAAUCCCAAAAGCAAGUAUGAACAUCAUUACUUCUGUUUCCACUUGUCCAGUAGCUCUACAUAUAUAUAUAAUAUUCUUGGCACAGUGAAGGUUUGAAGAAAAGUUUUUAUUGAAUACACUAAAGAAUUGUCUUGAUUGUAUCAAUAUACUAAGAUUGUUGUGUAACCACUUCUGAUUAAAACUAGAGGAUAAUCUAAGUACAUAUAUACCAGUGAGGGAAUGGAAGCCUGGCUGUAUUGCAAAAAAAUGUUUGGCCAUAAUUAAAUUUUCAGUUUGUCAUUUAUCUUUUAUGUUUUUUCCAGUUUAGAAUGUGCUUUAUCACUGGAGAAGUAAAUUUUUGAAUUUCUGUUGUGGUUUACCGGACAAAUCGUGCAGUAUAUUAUUGCUUAGUAUGUAAGAUGAUGAUGUAGCAAAAUGUUUGUGUUUGGCCAGUAGGCCUCGAUUUCAUGUUCUUAAUUUUAGUGCCUGUAACACAGAUGUGAUUUUGAAUGUUAUAGACAGCUAGAUUAUCUUUACAAAAAUAUACUGGAGAUUGUUUUGAUUGAAAAACUCUCUUUUGAGAACUGUAUUCAGACUGGCUGUUUUAUUUGUUUUGCUUUUAAAUUUAAGAAGAUUUAAAAGUCCUUACAAUUUGUAGAAAAUGUAUAUCCCUCUCAGUACUGACCAUCACUUAGAGUAUGUAAAGGAAGUCUUCUAUAUUAACUAACAUACAUUUUUAAAGUGUAAAUUUAUUUAAACCAGCCUUAUCUUUGAGUUUUUUUUCCUGUUAUCUUGAUAAUUUCUCUCUCGUUAAGCUUUAUAAUUUUUGUCAUAAGACUACUAUUCUUUAUUUAUGUACUUAUGCUUAUUUUUGAUUGGCAUCUUCACCAUCCUGUGAUAGCUCAAGACUGCUUAUUUUCAACAUAUUUUUUACCAUCGGUUCACAUAAUUUAUUGCUUUAAUGUCAUUUAAACCAUUAACUUGACAUUCCAGGCAUAUUUUAAAAAGACACUUUUUUUUUAAGAUGGUCUACUAGAUUUUAGUACAUAUUGUGUUCCUAUAACUGUGGCACAAUUUUUUCCCCUGCAUUCGUAUGUCACUUAUUCCAGUGUUUUGGUGAAACCUUGAUUACAUUAGACUAUGUUUAUGUAAUUUAUUUUGAAAAUGACAUAAGUUACUGAAGUAAACCAAGUUGUAAAUGAGAAGGAGAUCUAGAUAAUGCUUGAAUUUGGGAAGUUUUUGCCAAGAUCGCAGUUUUGCUUCUUAGUAGGGUUAUUUUGACAAACGAGUAUUGGUGUUGUGAAGUUCUUGGGCUCUUGUCCCACGCAUGCGUAAGUGUUUUGCGUGAAAUACGGUGAUAAUAUUGUGUGGUGCUUUUAAAUCGUACAGGUACAGGAUAUCAGACCUAGGCUUGGAGUUCCGACCUACAAAGCCCAAAUAAUAGCACAAAUAUGUAUUUGUCUAAAUCUUUAUCACAUGAAAUUUUUCCAUGAAGGUAGGUUUACUAUUGAAAAUUGAGGUUUAGUAGUGUGCCUAAGAUAUGACAUUAUGUAUUCAAAGAAAGUUGUUUAAGAUGGGUUGUGUUGCAUAUCAGCUAUUGAAACGACUUAUGUCUUAACAGAGGAGGUUAUAUUUUAUAUUUUUCCUUAAGAAACUGUAGGAAGCACCAAAGCAGAGUAGUUUGUGUUGGUGCAACAUAAAGUUUUCUUUGGAAAAGUUGGUUAUGAUAUAGUAUGAAAGGAGUAGGAAAUAAUAAAAUAUUAGUUACCGUAAUACAAGAAACAAUUGGAUACUUAAAAGAAAAUUGCAUGAAAUACUAAUAAAUAAAAAAAAACCUGGUUGGAAUCUUUAUUUUGUUUUAUGAUUUUGAGAAUUGAUUAUUCUGGUCAAUUAUUGCUGUUAUGAUUCUGUAAAAAUAUACUCCAUUAAUUCAUGAAUAUAUUUUGUAACUGUACGGCAAUUUUAUGUUGGCUUGGAAUAGAUGGAAUAGUACUUAUAUGGUAGUAAAGUUAAAUAUUUGUCAUAGAUUAAGUUCAUAAUUCCCAAGUUCUUAAUUUGUAAACCUACCUUAACUAAUUUUUUUUUAAUACUCUAGGCUGAAUCGGUACGAUUAAAAUUUUACAAGUUAUCGUUAUUAAUGAUUUCUCUGUUCUUCUAGUUAUGAUUCGUCAAAGAAGUUUGAUUGAAGCUGGUUAUAGAUUAUUUCAGGUUUUGUAUGUCUUGUAUGCUUCAUACAAUAUUGUGCUACAUAUUUUUAUAUUUUGUUAAAAAAACUAAAAAUAACACAAUGCCACAUUUUUGGACCUGGUAAUUUAAUGUAAUGUUAAAUUACCUCUUAGGCCAUAUAUAUUUGCCAGUUAAUGUAUAUGAACACACCAUGAAAUUAUUUUGAAUUAAAGUUUCAGAUCAUUCUGGUUGUAUAUUUUGAAAAUAUUCUCAGCAUUGUAUAAGUGUGGUUUUUUUUUAACGUAAACUACUCUUGAUUUACAUAUUAUUAGCCUGGUUUAUUGAUGAUCCUUUCCUCAGUCUGUUUAGUUCUGGUAUCUUUGUGUGUUGUGUUCUAUUUCAUUCACAUGGAUGGUGGCAUUAUGCAUGCAUGUCAGUUUUUCCUCAAUUUUAGGUGCUGUGCAAAUUUUGACAAAAAGAUGGUUUUAUUAGUGCACACUUUGUAUGGUUUUAGUUCACAUCAUGUAAUAACUGCUAGAAUUUUGAUUUUUAAUGUCUUGUGUAGUAAGCUCUUUUUACGUAUAAAGUUUCAUAACUUCACCAUUGAGUCUGUUUUUUUUUUUCUGAAUAUAUUUAUUGGUGACUGGUAGUACAUUUCUGACUGGUUCUAAUUUUUGGAAAAGUCCUGUGAUAUACAGUUUUAAAUUAACUCUUUAUCUGAAAUGGCUGCAUCUAGAUGAACAUACAUAAUAUUAUGAUUACCCUUCAUUCAUUAUAUUUUUAGAUUAACACGCUUAACUAGUAAUUUAUUUUAAUGUAUAGAUUUCAACUUGUUUUUUGUUGCUGAAUUUUCAGUAGUUAUGCAUGGCUUCUUCUGUUGAAUUAAGUUUUAUUUAGUAGCCAAGUUAAAGGUGACACAGUGUGAUAGAACUGUAUCAUGUAAUAUCGCAUAAAAAUUGUGUGAUAUCAUAAAAGAAUUUAAAAUGUAAUUGUAACAAGAUAAUUCUUGAUCGUAACUAUAUAGUGAUUGCCUGAUUGGUGGACAGAAUGUAAAACUAGCUUUUUAACUAUUGUAUGAUAUAAUUAUAGUGUAGAGAUACAUGGUUAUAAAGCUAUUGGUCAUUAUUUGACAGUAGCACACUUCUUUUGUUCACCAUAACUUGUAGGUUCGACUACAGUAUAGCAUUUUGUGAAAUUUUUUUUUUAUGCAAAAACAGUUCAGAAAUUUAAUUGCAGUCUUUAAUACUGCCAAUUGUAACUUACAGACUGAAUUAUAGUGUUUAAAUCUUACGUUAGUUUGAAGUUAUGUUUCUGUAGUACCAUAGUAUUUAGUCUUAAUAAACAUUUCUUGUUUGAUUGGUG